UGCAGCGGAAGGUCCCGAGCGCAGCGCCGCGGAUCGCCACGCAAAAGCAGGCUCAGGAACUAGUCUACACUCAGUUUGGACUGCCCCGAACUCCGCUCCGCAGUCUCAGCCCCGAGAAAGUGAUCCCAGUGUCCUAGAGCCCAGAUGCCGGCCCACUUGCUGCAAGAGGAGAUCUCUAGCUCCUACACAACCACCACCACCAUCACAGCACCUCCUUCCAGGGUCCUGCAGAAUGGAGGGGGCAAAUUGGAAAAGACUCCCCUAUACUUGGAAGAAGACAUCCGCCCUGAAACGAGAGAUGACAUCUAUGACCCAACUUACCAGGAUAAGGAGGGCCCAAAGCCCAAGCUUGAGUAUGUUUGGAGAAACAUCAUCCUCAUGUUUCUGUUACACUUGGGAGCCCUAUAUGGGAUCACAUUGAUCCCCACCUGCAAGAUAUACACCUAUCUCUGGGUGUUAUUCUACUAUCUGAUGGGUGCCCUGGGCAUCACAGCAGGGGCCCAUCGCCUGUGGAGUCACCGAACCUACAAAGCUCGGCUGCCCCUGCGGGUCUUCCUGAUCAUCGGCAACACCAUGGCGUUCCAGAAUGACGUUUUUGAAUGGUCCCGAGAUCACCGUGCCCACCACAAGUUUUCAGAAACGGAUGCUGAUCCCCACAAUUCCCGACGUGGCUUUUUCUUCUCUCACGUGGGUUGGCUGCUUGUGCGCAAACACCCAGCUGUCAUAGAAAAGGGUUCUACGCUAAAUUUAUCCGACCUAAGAGCCGAGAAGCUGGUGAUGUUCCAGAGGAGGUACUACAAACCUGGUGUCCUGUUGUUGUGCUUCAUCCUGCCCACACUCGUGCCGUGGUAUCUGUGGGGUGAAACGUUUCAAAACAGCCUGUUUUUUGCCACCUUAUUCCGUUAUGCCCUUGGGCUCAACAUCACCUGGCUGGUGAAUAGUGCUGCCCAUAUGUAUGGAUAUCGCCCUUAUGACAAGACCAUCAGCCCCCGAGAGAAUAUUCUGGUUUCACUGGGAGCUGUGGGUGAGGGCUUCCACAACUACCACCACACCUUUCCUUAUGACUACUCAGCCAGUGAGUACCGCUGGCACAUCAACUUUACCACGUUCUUCAUUGAUUGCAUGGCUGCCAUCGGUCUGGCUUAUGACCGGAAGAAAGUAUCCAAGGCUGCCAUCUUGGCCAGGAUGAAAAGAACUGGAGAGGAAAGCUACAAGAGUGGCUGAAUUUGUGGUCCCUUGGGUUCCUUUUCCAAAAGCCAUCUGGGCAGAGGUUUAAUGUUCUGUUUAUUAACUACUGAAUAAUGCUACCAGGAUGCUAAAGAUGACGUUAACCCAUUACAGUACAGUAUUCUUUAAAAUUUUCUUUUUAAAUUGAAAGCCAACAACUCUGCCUUUAUGAUGCUAAGCUCAUGUUCUUAUUUCUUCUCCUAUCUUCUUUCUCUUCUGUUCCCAUUAUCCUUCCCUUUGUUUUGUCCCUGUCACCUUCCUUUCUCCUUCUCCUCAUUGCCCCCCAGGCAAGCAGGUGGUCAGUCAUUGGUGGGUUUCCAGCUUCCAAAGCCUAGACAACCCUUCUGUAGUCUAAAACUAGUGGUCUUUGCCCCGGCUGACCCUUUCCUUGAGCUGUCUGAGCUUUAAGGUGGAUGGCUCAAGCUAGAGAUAUGACAGAGUCUUCAGGGAAGGGCCCUGAUGAUCUUCAGCCCAGGCUUUUGCUAAAUGACAUGGAAAAAUAACUUUAUUUGGCACCAAACUGCAAAAACAGGUAAAUUGUCAGGGGAGAGAGUCAGCAUGCAUGGUAUGAUUGAUAAAUAGGAUGAGUUGAAGUGGGAAACAAGGCAGGAAGCUCCUGCUGUGAUCAGACACCCCUGUCUGCCCAUCACCCAGCAUGCUCCCUUUCUCUCCUGACUCUGGGAAAUAUCUGUGGAGCAGGGCAGUCCUAGAACUCAAAAGCAAAUCUCAAUGUCCUGAUAUACUUUAGGCUUAGGAUAAAGAAGAAGCAUUUAGUUUGUGGUAAAAGUGGUCUCUGCUGCAGACGAAUUGUUUUCUUUCUUUCAUAACAGGAAGAUUUCUUAUUCUAGAUAACAAGAAAUCUUGAGGUUGGUUAUUUCCAGAAUUGCUGAUUCCAGCAGCUCAGGAAAUUGUCAAAAUUCUUUCAUCUUUCUACUCUGCCAUCGUGGGGAUAUUGGUCAGCUCCCCUCAUAGUAAGAAGGUGGCUACAGCAUUUGGAGACUUCAAAAAGAGAUACAUUGGUGGUAUGGUGGUGAGCAUAGUUGCCUCCCAAAAAAGAAAGAAUUUUAGGAGCUGGAGUUGGGUCAAACAUAAAGCUAUAUAUACAUGGGUACUUUGGUUGGAAUAUUAAAGUAAUUCUCUUAGAGUAUUUCCCUCUGAAAGAGAGGGGGCUUGAAGAAGAGGAAGAAUUAGCCAGGUUGCCUCCUUUCCUCUCGCUGCUGGACAGGAGAUGGAGAGGUUGAGGGGCAGGAUCUGUAGGCAGUUCCUAAGAGAUAGGGUUACAAAAGAAAGGCUCUGAGAUCACAUUGCUGGGGGAUUCAGAAGGUUACUGAGUAAGUUGUUGGGUGUCCUGAUAUGGAAGCUGGUUAUACAAACAAGUUAGAUGUUGGGUUCAUUUCAUUAAUUCCACUUUCUCCUUGGACUGAGAAAGCAUUAGAAGGCUUCUCCCCACAAUGUUGAACCCUUUCACUCAUUCCUUCUAUUAACUUCUAGCUGAAAAUAUAGGACUGGCUGGGGGAUGGGGUAGGAAUCUCUUAACUACCCUAUCAAUUCUUGGUUGUGCCCUCUCUGUCCACUUUCUCCUGCUGGUUUUAUCUCCUUGAUGUUUCCUUCUUUCUCUGGACAGGCAAGCCUCUUCUGUGUGUAUUCAGAGGCAGUGAUGGCUACUGCGGUCCCAGUCGUUCCCUCUCUUAGCAACAGAAUGGUCAGGGUCACUGAACCACUGUUUCUCUUUACAAAGUUGAGCAAACUGCCACUUUCACUUGGCCUCCAGAGUCUCCAUCUAUAUCCUUGUGCUCCUUACCACACUGAUGACUCCAGACAAGGCUGGCAAACCCUGCUAGAAACAUCCUGGGCACAAGCAUUUGCACUCAUGAGGCAUGGCCAAGCCGAAUGCUCAUGUUGUGCCAGAGCCAGCCAUGGAGCAAAAGAGGAUUUGUUUUUAGUCUCCUCUGUCUGGGUCAGAACCAGAGAGCAUGCUGGAUGCCCCCGGCUUCCUGGGUAAGCUGCCUAGCCUGAGUCAGUGCUCCCAGCGGACAGUGCGAGGCUUGCAGAAGCAGGGGGAGCCUAGCCUUCACUGGGAAACACAAGAAGCAAAGGCAGGUUCCAAAGUACCUCACUCAGAAGGUGGCCCCAGCCCCCUGGAGGGAGCCAGGGUGUACCGUAAGACCUUGACUGAGGCUUAGGAUGUGAGAUGCCAUGAACUUUGCGGAACAGUGGCUCCGUUCAGCAAACUAACCAGCAUUCCCCACAACACAAUCUAGGGCAGACAAUAGUAUAGAGGAGUGUUGGAAGAACCUUGGGUCCCUUUGUCCCUGUAACCUCAGUUGUCUAGGCAGAAACCUGGCUUUAUUCUAUUUAAAGGUUGAAAAUAUACAAUACAAAUGCUCUGCUACUAUUGAGCUCCAAGGAUGGAAAAGAGGAGAGCAUUUCUUCCUGUAUUAAUUGGAUAGAUGGAGGCUACAGAGCUUAGGCUAAACUAAAGGCAUCCUUGUCUUUUGAGUUCCUCUCAGUAGGGAAAAAAAAAAAGUCUAAUGGAAGAUCACUGUAGAUUAGAUCCUCUGACCGAAGCACCUACCCCUUGGAAAUGCCUGUGGGGUAGUUUUAAUUCCACGGGUCAUCAGAUGCAUGCUUUACAACUGAUGAUCAAAAACAACUUAUCUUUCUAUUCUAAUUGUGUUCCAUGGAUCUGAUCUAUACCAUGACCCUACACAAGGCUGGAUGAUGUCCUUGGGCCCAGGGUACUUGUACUUGUGUAGGUGGGGGUUGUCUACUGAGUAAGGAAUACUGUUUUUAAGGUUCUAAAGCUAAAUUCAAAUGAUGCGUUAAUGACCCAGAAACUCAGAUCUGAUGGUGUCUGAAUUUCUAACAGUCCUUGCUUUGUGGGUAUGCUGACAACUUAUCUGGAUGCCUUACAUCUUUUCCAAACAGUGUUGCCUCUCUGCUCCCUCCCUGCUCCCUCUGUGAAGUCCCUUUGCACCCCAGAGCCUGCAGAAGUGGCUGGUAUAAAAGGGGGCCUGGCUAGAGAAUGAUCAGUGUAGCUGUUUGCAGGAUUCCUUUCUGGGCUUCAUUUUGGAAACUUUGCUUAGGGCUAUUUUUCUUAAUUGCCCGCAUUUGAUGGAGGGUAGAAGGAAUUUUGAAUGUAUUUGAUUUAUUAUUAUUAUUAUUUUUUUUUAGAUUAAAAGAUGGUUGUAGCAUUUAAAAUGGAAAUUUUUCCUCCUGGUUAGCUAGUAUCCUGAGUGUAUUCUCUGUAAGUGUAGCUCAAAUGGGUCAUCAUGAAAAGUUCAAGAAAGCUUGAUGUCAAAGUUAUAUGGGUGGUUAAGGCCAGGGCCUGUCCUACCACUGUGCCACUGACUUGCUGUGUGACCCUGGGCAAGUCAUUUAACUAUAAUGUGCCUCAGUUUUCCUUCUGUUAAAAUGGGAUAAUAAUACUGACCUACCUCAAAGGGCAGUUUUGAGGCAUGACUAAUGCUUUUUAUAAAGCAUCUUGGAAUUUUCUUAAGUUCUGAGUAUUUUUAUAGUAGCAGUAUCCACCAUGAAGUGUGUCCACCAUGAACCACGUGUCCUGGAUGCAAUCAGGAAUCUAUAUGGUUCUCUCUGAGAGAUUGAAUAAAUGCAUCAGAUAAGGGGUGGAUAACUAGCCAGACAAAAUCUGAGAAUGCAUAAACUCAUUGCCAUGGAAACAUACACAGGAUACCUUUUCCUUGAUUGGGUGGGAUUUUUCCCUUUUUAUGUGGGAUAGUAGUUAUUUGUGACCUAAGAAUAAUUUUGGAAUAAUUUCUAUUAAUAUCAACUCUGAAGCUAGUUGUACUGAUCUGAGAUUGUGUUUGUUCAUAAUAAAAGUGAAUCUGAUUGCCCUG